AUGGCGUCCGCGCCGGAGAAGACCGCGUCCACACACAGGUCGUCGGUCGCCCGAGGCACGCACGAGUUCCAGAUCGCCGGGUACAGCGCCCGCAGGCGUUUCGCCCGCGUCAGCGACUCCUCCGUCAACGACGCCGACCCCUUGAUCAAGUCCGGCGCGUUCCAGGUCGGCGGCUACACCUGGGACCUUGCCUGCACCUUCUACGACAACGGUUACGGCCAUCUUAAAUCCAUCACCCUCGAGCUGCUCGGCACAGACAUUGCUGAGGACGUCGUCGCCACCGCCAGCCUCCGGAUCGAUGACCCUCUCGACCGGUUGCCUGCCGCCGUGUGGCAAAGCGACGCCGCCAACAAGUUCUCCAGGAAAGUUAGCGGCAGGUGCUGGAAGCUGCCCCUCCCAGAUGCUUUCUGCGGGUACGAGGAUUGCUACGUUAGCACCGACGACCGUCUCACCAUCCUCUGCACCGUUGAGGUCCUCAAGGAGGACGCCUCCGCUACCGCCGCAGAGCCCACCAAGAGUUUCGUCUCAGCGGUGCCACCACCGACCAUCGCCGGGGACAUCCACAAGCUCCUGCUUCUUCUUGAGAAGAACCCGGAGUCAUCGGACGUGACCUUUGUCGUCGAGGACACCGAGAUCCUGGCGCACAGGCUCGUGCUCGCCAUGCGGUCGCCGGUAUUCGCCGCAGAGCUCCUUGGGCACAUGAGGGAGAGCACCACGCGCCGUGUCCAGAUCCUCGAUAUGAGUGCCUCCACCUUUAAGGCCAUGCUGCGCUUCAUCUAUAGUGACGAGUUUCCCGUGAAACCAAACAAUGUUGUACAUGUGGAAUCAAGAAGUCGGCGUUCUCUCAAAGAGGAAACCACGCCCACGAGCGCGAGCCGUGAAUCCAUGGCGCGCGACCUUCUCGUGGCCGCUGAUCGGUAUGAUCUCGAGAGGCUUAGGCUCAUGUGCGAGAGCAUACUGGUCGAGAGCAUCGACAUCACGACCGUCAUGCCGACGUUACAGUUAGUGCGUGGCCGGCAAAGCUGUCUUCAGCUGGAGGAUUCCUGCAUCGAGUAUAUAGCGGCCGAUCCGGAUGUUUACGCUGCCGUGAGGGCGACUGAGGACCGCCUGCAGCCACCAGAGAAGAGCAUGUCCAUGUUCAACUCGUCGCAGGUGGUCCGUGGCACCCACGAGUUCAGGAUCCCCAAUUUUAGCUCUGUUCAGAGGAGCCAUGGUCCUGGCCAAGUAAUCACUUCCAACAUAUUCAAGGUAGGAGGUUACGACUGGAAAAUGAGUGUGUACCCAUCAGGGUAUUCCAAGGAGGCGUUAGAGUACAUAUGUGUCUACCUCCAUCUAGUGACUGAUCCUGGAACCACCAAUGUCAUUUUAUCAAUGAGGUUCAGGAUGGAUGAACCUAGUCGGGAAUCGUCGAGCCUGCUUUGGUCUAUGAGAGAAAUGGUUUUUAGCAAUGUGCAAAAAGCUUUGGGGUAUCAAAAGUUCAUCACCGUGAAAUCAGCAAAGUCGCGCUACAUGAGACACGAUGGCUCCCUUACCAUACACUGUGACAUUGACAUGACCAAGGAGGCAUACACGACCAGCACAACCACCAGUGCCAGACCAAUAAUAGCCGUGCCACCGUCUAACAUCGCCUCACACCUCGAGCAACUAAUGGUUACCGAGCAAGGGUCGGAUCUGACGUUCCUGGUAGAGGAGUCCGAGAUCCAUGCGCACCGGCUCAUCAUCGCCGUGCGGUCGCCGCUCCUGCUCCAAGGGGCGGAGCCAUCUACGACCUUGGUACGAAUCGACGACAUGAAAGCCGCCGUGCUCAAGGCCGUGAUCCACUUCGUCUACACCGACAAACUGCCUCCCGUGGAUGACGCGGUGGUAGCCGGAGAAAUGCUUGCGGCUGCCUGCCGGUUUGGCAUGAAGAGGAUGGAGGCCUUGUGCAGGAACUUGGCCGCCCAGCUCGUCACAACAGACAACGCGCUGAGCAUGCUGAAGCUGGCGUGGCGUCACCGAUGCAAGGAGCUCGAGCUUUACUGCACCGAGUUCAUCUCCCUUGCAAUGAAAUGA